CGCUGUAGUUUCAGUUUUUGCUCCUGAAAAGUUUUUUGGGGCGUUUCUCUUCAGUCUGCUGUCCGCCUGUUACAUGUUCUCCAGCUCGCGACGUCGAUGUGUUUUAAACACGAGUGAGAUUCAUAACGGAUAGACUUUCACGAAAAAUGAACUUCUCUGUAAUUUAAUCGCAUUUGUUACCGUUCUGAAGAACUCUUGAGUGUUUGUUUGACUCUUAUCUCUGCAGUCUAAACCAGGAAGUGUUUAUGUCAACAGGCAUUGUAUGAACUUUUCCAGCCUGAUAGGUGAACUAAAUCCUAUCUGAAGUAACAUUUAAUCGCUUCCCUUUCUUUCCCAAGCCCACCCUGACUCACACUGAACACUCAAAGAUUGAGAGGAACGAGGACUGACACAUAGACGUUUUUGCUGUUGAAGCUGAAAGAUGGCCGAGCAGCUGCAGAAGCUUGUUGCACAGAAGAAGGAUGUUGUCGAGACAGUCAUGGAAGUGUUUGAGCAGGGCGCAGAAGUGGUGGCCAGCAUUGCUGGAGAUCUGUUCCCUGUGUUCUCCAUCGCAGCUCCGAUCGUGAAGCUGGCGCUGGAUAACGUGGAAAGCAAAGAGGCUGAGUACAUGAAGGAGCAGUUCCAGAAAGUGCGAGAUCGCCUGGAAGUCGUUUCUGAAGAAGUCCAGCAGAUAAACCAGGAGAUCAAGAAGAGCGGCAUAGAUGCCACCUACUUCUCCGUGGAGGAGAACCUGACCAACCAGUUCCGCAAAUUCAUGGAUGUCCUGAAUGCGAAACCUAAGUUCAGAGAUGUCAGAAAGAAAACGUUCCUGGAGCACUUCAACAGGACAGGGGGUGAUAAAAACCUGCACAUUCUUUACAACGCUGUAACCGGGGAUAACUUCUCAGGAGAGUCUGUGCUGGAAAUCACUCUGAAUUACGAGCAGAAGAGCCGCAGGGCGGUGGAGGAGUUUUGCGCUACCCUCAAAAAGUUGUUCUGUGUCGGUUUGAUCGCCUUACUGGGACACUCAGCAUUGAAAGGCGAUGACGAUGAGGAGAAGCUGCUUCAAGAUUGGGGUGAGAAGAUGAAAGUGGUGCAGAAUAAAAUGAACAUCGUGAUUGAAGACUGCAUCAACAGCUUUCCGACGCAGGCCGAGCUGGACGCCAAACGCAUAGUGAGAGACCAAAGCGACAAAAGCAACCAGCAACUGGCCGACUUGCUGGUAGAGCACCUGAAAAAGAAGUACGACUGGGUUUGCUGGUCAGUCCGCAUCUUUAACUCCCCCACCGGCCUGUUCACCAAAAAGAAAGUCUUCCACGUUUUGACGGGAAAGAGUCGCUUUCAGGUGCCAUCGUCAGAUGACAAGCUAAACGUUGUGGUCUCCUACAGCGCCUCACCUGAACCUGUCGAUAAAGCCCGGAUACAGAGCCUGAUUUCAGAGCAGAAGAAUCAGAAGAAGGUCAAAAUGACGCCGUUGGCUGAACAGCUUUUUGAGACAAUCCCUGUUAGUGUGGUUCACACAAUCAAGACCUCAUGCAAAGAUCUGGGCUUCUCCAGCAGCUUCUCUGACGAGCUGCACUUCUUUGAAGAAUUCAAGAAGUUCCAUGUAUUUAUUCAUUCUGCUUAAACACAGAGGAGAGAUAGAAAGAUUAACAGAUGUUGUAGGAUGACAUUUGAUUCAACAACUAUAAUUUGACUACUUAACCUCUGUAAGGUUAUGACUUAAUGACCAAAAUUAACUGUUGUACUCUACACUUUCUUUCUUUUUUUUAAUCUUUUUUUUUUCCUAGUAAUGCCUUUAUCUCUGCUUGUUUUAAAGCUGCAAAUUAACACUUUAAUAUAUCAAAUCUGUGUUUUAAUAUACCAAGUGUUUUGUACUCCCUUAUUAGUGUAUUUAGUAGGUGAUGGUAGUGUUUUAGGGACUAUGCUGGUAAUACAGGUAGUUUCAGGCGGCUCGCCAACAGACCGUCCAUGUAUGCAAGAUGUUUGCACAGUUGUGUUUAAAAGUUGAGAACACUUGUGAGGAAGAACUAAUUGCUAGAUUUGACAAAGUUAUUCAGGUUAAGUCUUUGACAGAAACAA